CGGUAUGAAAAGUCAAAAAAUUCAUUCGCGGCAUGUAAUUAAAUACGAAUCUCAUAUGUACUGGAAUCUGGUUUCCGUCAUUUGGACAGAAUUUGAAGAGGUUAUCUUGCAUGCGGUUUCCUGAUUUAGGGUACAACGAGAUGAAUCUUCCGAAGAUAAUCGAAAACCAGGUUAGUAAUAGUUUCAGAUCACUUGGAGUUUAUUGCUUUUUCGUAAAAACUCCACCGAGCUUCUACGUCAUUGCCAGAGACGUUAUUCUUGACCAAUCCUGAAGUCCCAAGUCAGUCAUUGUUUAGGCACUAGCAAAACCCGGCAAACAAAAAAUAUUUAUAGGACAGUUAGUCCUUGAAAAAAAAUGGUCAAACAAAGCUUUUUGUUUCCGAUAGUGUUUUGCCUCGUUCAAUUUACUCGUCAUUCGCUUCUGGGCGUCAGUCACAGUCACAUCACAGUGUAUUCAAACUUUUAUCUAAUAAAGUGUAAGUGCAAGUUUCUUGAAGUGAAUUCAAUCGGACAUCAGAUACUUCCAUCUUCAUCUACAAAACAAGAAAAAAUGUCUCGAGUAAAGAAGUUGUCUAUUCGUGGUAUUCGUAAUUUUGACCAUGAUACUGAAACGGAGAUACGGUUUAUGCGACCUAUUACACUUAUUGUGGGACCUAAUGGUACAGGAAAGACAACAAUUAUUGAAGCCUUGAAAUUUGCUACUACUGGUGCUUAUCCUCCUGAUUCUAGCGCUGGAAAGGCAUUUGUCCAUGAUCCUGUAACAACGACUACUUGUAUUGUCAGAGCUAAUGUCAAGUUGGAAGUAGUAGAUGUCAGUAGAAACAGAGUAACGAUAUCCAGAGCUAUGGAAUUAUCUAGAUUUGACAAACGAGUCAUAUUCAAAACUUUGGAUAGUACUAUAACUAAGGAGAGUAUCGAUUCAGGAAAGCCAAUUUCAAUAACAAAUCGAUGUGCUAAUGUGAAUACUGAGAUUGUCUCAGCUAUGGGUGUUUCAAAUGCAAUUUUGAAUUACGUCAUAUUUUGUCAUCAAGAUGAUUUUGAUUGGCCACUGUCAGAAGCAAAAAUUUUGAAAAAAAGAUUUGAUGAAAUAUUUGACACUGAAAAAUAUGACAAAGCUGUUGAAUCUCUUACAAAGUAUACCAAAACCUUGGAAACUGAGAAUCGUUUUUUAGUGGCUGAGAAAAAAACAUGCGAGAUUAAUUUGAUAAGAACUGAAGAGAAAGAGCAGGAGCUAAGCAAUGCCAAAGAAAGGUUGGAGAGUUCCAAGAGCAAGAUUUCAGUAAUCGAAAAAAGUCUUGUGCCUGUGACACAAAGAAUGUUGGAAAUAAAAGAUUUAGAUAGUCAAUAUGGAAAGAUGAAAUCUGAAAUAGAGGUUCAAAGGAUGCAGCAUACACACGUGAAAAAACAAAUUGUGAAUCUGAAGAGCAACAUUGAAGAAAUGUUUCAAGGAACAGUUGAGGAAUUAAACGAAGAAUUAGUUUCAUAUGCUGAUAUAUUAAACAAGAAAAAAGAAGAGGCAGAAGAACUUGAAGAGAGAAUGAAGGAAAUCAAAACAGAGGAGUCAAAUAUUCGAAAAUUACUUGACGAGAAGAGACUUGCAGUUGGUACAUUACAACAACAAGUAAAGGAUCAAGAUGAAAGAAUAGUCAUACGUAACAAAUUAUUGAACGAUGCUCUCUCCGCUUGGAACUUGGACACAAUUUCGUCCGACGUAACGGAAAUUGAGGUCAUAGCUCUAUCAAAGCGAUUGGAACAAAAGAUGUGCGAAAUAAAACUGGAAGUGGGAAACAACCAGAUUAAUCGAGAAUCUAUUGAAAAGCAACUCCAAAAAGAAGUUGAUACUUUGAGGUCUGAAAAAACAAAAAUCGAAUCAGAAAUGAACCUGAAGGAAGUAGAAGUAGCUGAUAUCGUAGAGGAAUUAAAUACCCUUCGUACUCGAAUAAAACAAGUCAGUGCAGCUGCAAAAAAAUUGGAUGACCUCGAGAAGGAGCUUCAGAAAGCAAAUGAUAAAAUUGAAUUACUCGCUAAGAAAUUCGAUGUCGAUUCAGUCAAAUCAAAGAUCCAAAAUGAAAUAAGAAAAAAGGCUAAAUUGGAAGGCCAGUUAAAUAAAGUCGAUGACGAAGUGUCGUCUUUACACAAGCAAAGUGCAUUACAAGCAGAAUUAGAAUUGAAUAAAUCUAUGGUUAUGACCAAGGAAACUGAGAUACAGAAUUUAAGGAAUAAAUAUGAAUCUGAAUUAAAAAAAUUACUUGGCACAACAGAAUUACCUGAGGGAACACUAAAGAACAGGCUUAGCAAUAUACAACGAGUAUUGAUGGGCCGUAUCAACAAUUUGAAUCAAGAACUACAAUCGGAACAAAAUCGUGUUUCAUCUUUAGAAACAACUAUAAAGCAUAUCGAACAAGAACUAAAACAUAAAAUUGCAACACUGAAAUCUGACAAGGAAAAAAUUUCUUUUCACUGUGAGUAUGAGAAUUACGAAGACGUUGUAUUGUCACAAUCUGAAGUUGUUAAGGAAUUGCAAAAAAAACGUGGAAUGUAUGCAUAUCGUGGUGUCGCGUAUAAGGACUACCUAAAACAAUUGGAAGAGGAAGAUCCUUCCUGUCCUCUGUGUCAUCGGGAUUUUCAAUCUACUUUGGAAGUUAAAAAUCUUAUUACCGAAAUUCGAGAGGAUAUGGGACCCAGUCGUUUACAGUCAUGCGAGGAGGAAUUAAAGAUUCAACAACAGAAAUACGAAUCUUUGCUUCAAUUGAAACCAAUCGUGGAAAAGGUCGCACAUGUUGAGGGAGUUGAAUUAAAAAGGCUAAGAGUCCAGCUGGAGGAAAGAAAAAAACAGUUGGCAGAUUCUUGCAAGAAACUUGAAAUGCUGAGAGUUUCAACAUUGGAUCCAGAAAAUAAAUUGUCUGCGUGUAAAGACAUGGUUGGCGACGUUGCACUUUGGGAUAAAUAUGCGGAUGAGUUGGUCAAAUUGAAUCGUACAUUAGCAUCAAUUAAAAAGCGUAUAUUUGACGCAGGCGUCACAAGUGAAAGAACAAUUCAAGAGGCACAAAUCGAAAGGGAUUCACUGAAGCAACAACUGAAAGAAGUUUCUAAGGAAAUUGAAUCAAUGCAAACAUCUUUAAAUCUGCAUAACGAGGAAUUGCAACAAGCUCGACACAAAAGAAAUGAAUUGUAUGAAGAACAACUUCGUAUCCAAUCAGAAAUGCAGAAGUUGCAGCAAUUGCGCGAUAAGCAGAACGAUUUGUAUGCACGUGAGAUUUCUUUGGGUGAAUCUGUACAAAAUCUGAGAGAAAAGUUAUCUAGAGCUGAUGAACAAUUGACGAGUGGAAUACAAGAACUUGAAAAAACUAAGACGAAACAUAAAGAACAACGGGAAGUUGAAGAAAGAAAAAUUCACGAAGGAUCAAGACGGCUGCACGAACUGACAAAUACGCAAAAGCAAAUAGACGAUUUCGAACAACGUGGUGUUCACAAAAAAUUAUUGAGCGCGGAACAACAGAUGAAGCGAUAUGAAAACUCAUGCGAAGAAUUGAAAAUUACGAAAGCUGAUUUAGAAAAAAGAAUCGAUCAGAUCAAGAAGGAUGUUAUGCGACAGGAAGUGCGCAAGCGUGAAUUAGUCGACAACAUCACAUUACGGCAAAAGGAAGAGGAGCUCAAAAGUCUUGAGCAGGAAAUAUUAAAAAUAGAAGUUUCUAUGAAAAAAAUGCAGCACGAACUUUUAAUACAGGAAUAUAAAAAGCUUAACGAGAAGGAGGAGAAGUUGUUGCGUGAGAAAAAUAUUGCUAGCGGAAAACAAGAAGAAUUAGAAAGAUCUGUAGCGCAGAUGCAGCAGGAAUUGAAAAAUGAAGUGUAUAGAAUGGCGCGAACAAAUUACAAGAAAAAAUGCAUUGAAUUAGAGGUACAACAAGAGAUCGUAGUUAAUCUUAAGGAAUACGUCAAAGCUCUUGAUCGUGCCAUGAUUGAGUAUCACGAGGAACGUAUAUCAACAGUGAACAAAAUAAUUAAACAUAUGUGGCGUACUGUUUACAAAGGAACAGAUACAACAGGAAUUGAAAUAAAAGCGGAAGCUACGGAAGCAGGUGAUAAGCGACGGCAGUUCAAAUAUAAAUUAGUCCAAAGAAAACAUGGCGCUGAAAUGGAUAUGAAGGGUCGUUGCAGUGCUGGUCAAAGAGUAUUGGCGUCUAUUAUUAUAAGAAUGGCACUGGCAGAAACCUUCUGCAAAAAUUGUGGAGUACUUGCGUUGGAUGAACCAACAACAAAUCUCGAUGAACAGAAUGCUGAGAGUUUGGCGGAUGCAAUUACUACCAUAGUGAAGGCGCGGUCUAAAUAUCAAAAGAAUUUUCAGUUGAUUGUGAUUAGUCACGAUGAAAAUUUUGUAAAGAAAUUAACAAAGUUAAAUAGAAGUGGCAUAUUCUAUAGGCUCUACCGAGAUAGUAGGGGGUUGUCAUCUAUUAAGCGUAGUAGAGAUGAUCACUUUACGAUGCCACUCAGAGAUAUCGAUGAGGAUUCUUCUGACUAUUCUGAUCAGGAAGAGAAAGUAGAUGGUGCUCUAAAUAGUCAAACUACAGCACCUGUUAAAGCUCCAUCUAGAAAAAGGAAAUAUCAAUUUAACGUUGAUAAAAAUGUUCCGCCUAGGAAGCCCAAAAAAAUACACACUUUCGAGAUCUAAAAUUAAAUGAGCUGUAUUGAUUAUUGCUCAGUACAGAUAAUUAAUAAAAUAAUUCCGAUAUUAUAAGGAUAUAUGGUUACUAUGCUUUUAAUGCGACUAUAAAUAAUCUUUUUGUGUUAAAAUU